UUUUUACAGACAUGAUAGCAAAAGUCACAGGGGUGUUUAUUUUCAAGGGGUGCUUAUUUUUACGAUUUUACGGUAAUGAUAGUAAAAUUGAUACAGAAUAUUUGGAAGAAUUAUUCAAAAACUUUAUUUUUUGCUUUGCUAAAGACUUUGAACAG